CUCUCGCUUAAAACCUAAAAAACAGAGAUCUUAACACAAAACAAAUCAAACACCAAAAAAAAAAACACAGAGAUGGGUUUGGUUACAGAUGAAGUGAGAGCUAGGGCAGAGAAAUACACAGGAGAUGAGAUAUGUCGUGAGAAGACAAAGGAGUUUCUCAAGGAAGUUUCCAUGCCUAAUGGUUUAUUGCCAUUGAAGGACAUUGAAGAGGUUGGUUACGACAGAGAGACAGGUAUUGUCUGGCUGAAGCAGAAGAAGAGCAUCACCCACAAGUUUCUAGAAAUUGGGAAACUUGUCUCUUACGCCACCGAGGUCACUGCCCAGGUGGAGGUCGGAAAGAUCAAGAAGCUUACCGGUGUUAAGGCCAAAGAGCUUCUUAUUUGGGUUACUCUCAAUGAGCUUACCUUGGAGCAGCCGAUAAGUUCAGGGAAGAUCAAUUUCAGGACACCGACAGGUUUGUCCAGGACUUUCCCAGUGUCGGCUUUUGUUGUUCCUGAGGUUGAGAAACCUGCAAUGGAGAAGAACAAUGGAACCACUGAGGUCAAAGAAGCUGUUGCAGUCACAGAUGCUUAGUCUCUUUAAUCUAUCUCUAAUCAUGUAUUACUUUCUGCUAUUUGCUGCUUAAUUUCCUUUAUCAAUAAGAUGAUACAAUUUCAGAUUUGGAGUC